GCUACACUCCAUAGGAGUACUGGACAUGUGGCAAACCAAGGAGCUGGGCUUGGAGCUGAACAAGAAAUAAACAGAUCGGGUGAUGUGUUUGGUGAUGAUGAGAUUAGACAAGCUGAAAAUGAUGCACAAGAUCAAGUCAACCAAAAUAAGGAGAAGGUAGCUUUUCAGCAACAAUCUGCCAGAUAG